AUGGACGAAGCGGAUAACCGCCCGAUUCGAGAGGGCCCGCCCCCGCCGCCCGUCCUCGACGACCCUCCUCCGCCGUACGUCAAGGAGGAAGAGCUUCCAAGCUACCCUUCGGCAAACCACCGCGAACCCGCGCCAGGCCCUCCGGUGCCGGCGCCGGCGCCGGUUCUGGUCCCCGCAGCCCCGUCCAGAUUCCCGCCGGUUUUCAACGGCUACGCCAUCGACUCGUGGAAUUUUCAUCUCGGCGCCUCGCUAAGCCAAAAGAGGUUCCGCCUCAGCGUCGUGAGCAUAUCUCUCCACACCGUGAUCGUGUACCUCCACGACGGGCUCGACGCGAAUGACGAGAUCCUCGGCAAGCUAGUGAAGGAGGAUUGCUCCAGCCAACACUACCACCACGUCAUUUGGCUCCCCGCCGUCGAGGGCCUGCGCGCCGAGGAGGAAAAGAUCCUGAUGCACUACCUCCAGGAACCCAGGAUGAUGAACCGCGAACUGUACGAGCUCGUCGUCGACAUCGGCGGGGUCGAGGAGAGGUUCCAGUGGAGGCCGUCGAAGGGCAAGGAGGUCAAGAGCGUCGGGAAGCACGCCAUCGGCUGGAAGCUAGUGCGCAUGGCGGCGCAGCAGGCCGGCGCCGGCGGGUGGCGCAAGAAGCGGAGCGAGGGCUUCUCGAGCCGCGGGGAGGAAGUGGUGGCCGUCCUCGCCCUCACCUUUUGCGAGACCAAGAAGUUCACGUUUCUCUUCCUCGGUUCGGGGCGUUCGGGGGCGCUCGGGGAGACCUGGCAGACGGCGGCGCUGCUCUCCGGGGUCUGGAGGUGGGCUAUUUCGGGGUAUUGA